AAAUAUAUACCAAUCUUCAGAUUCAUAUAAAGUCAUCAAGUGUACUUCCUUCACUAUAUUAAUCUUAAUAUUGUGUGACUCACUGUCAUCUACAUCUAAACAUCAAUCAAGCAUCUCUCUUCCAAAUUAAGCUUCUAUUUUCUUUUCUUGAAGCUCAACUCAAGUAGUGAAUUUUUGUGGCCUGUUGUACUAACUAUAUAUAGAUAUGCAUGUAAAAACUAGAAUCACCAUCUAUAACCACAGAUCAUUCAGUCCAAACCCCCCUCCCAAAAAAAGAAUAGCCACAUAUCUUCACAAUUUGAAAUUAAAUGGCCCAAAAAGAUGAAAAAGUGAGGCAAGUUACCAAAAGAGGAGGUGGACAAGGAAGCAGAGGAGACCAAGACCAACGUGCAGAAAUUGAGGUGAGUAUUACAAUCCAUGAGGAGGCAAGUCCCAGGGAGGAGAGACUCAACAAAUUAAGGGAAGAAGCACCACCAAUUCAGGCUGAAAAGGUGAAACCAAAGAUCCAAAGAGUUCCCUUCAUGCUCCGACAAGACACAAAAUUCGACAAGUACUAUGAGCCAAUUGUUGCAGCACUCGGUCCUUUCCACCAUGCUCGUAAGCCACAGUACAAGUAUGCAGAGAAAAUCAAGCUUAAAUUAGCUGCAAACUUUGUCAAAGACAGUAAGCAGAAUGAUGCAGAUCUGCUCAAGAAGGUUGAGGACAAUAUCAAUGCACUAAGGAACUGCUAUGAUGAGGAAGCAACAAAGGACUAUGGCGACGAAUUCCUCGCGUGGAUGUUGUUCGUUGAUGGGUGCUCCACACUGGAAUUCAUAUACAAAUAUGAUGAAUUAGAAAAUUUUCAGAUCAAGAGAGACCAGGUGGCCUUUGUAGAACAUGACAUGUUCUUGCUGGAGAACCAACUUCCUUAUCAACUCCUCCAGCUGUUGAUGAGCUCGAGCCAAAUACAAAAGGAAUUGAAGAAAUCAAUCGAUGACUUUGUUCGGGGAAACAGCCUUGCUCAGAACCAACAAAAUCCAGAAGCAGAGCCAACUCACCUGCUUGAGCUUCUUCGGACAACAAUGCUAGGAACUUCAUCUAGUGAGAAAACAAAAGGUACUAAACUUCCCCACUCUUUUCGCAACGUGCAAGAGCUUCAGGCAGCCGGGAUCCAGUUUAGGCCUAGUGAUAGCAACUCAUUGAGGAGCAUAUCUUUUAAUUCUUCCCUAUGCCAUGGAAUCCUUUAUCUUCCUAAAAUAAAAGUAGACGACUCGACCAGACCCAAGUUCAUGAACUUGAUAGCCUACGAAAUGUGUCCCGAUUUCCACAAUGAUUUCGGGUUCACCUCUUACAUAAGCUUCCUCGAUUCGCUCAUCGAUCAUCCUGAUGAUGUAAAGCAUCUGAGGAAAAAGCUGAUACUUCGAAACCUCCUUGGGAAGGACGAGGAGGUGGCUCAGCUCUUCAAUGAGAUAGGCACUGACUUGGUGCCUAACAAUGACAUUUACUACUCUGUUAAAGGCAAAAUAGAAAAGCACUACAGUAACUGGGGUAACAGAGUGAUGGCUCAAUUCUUUCAUGAGCAUUUCAGCAGCCCAUGGACUGUUGUUGCUUUCCUUGGUGCUCUCCUAGCUCUUGGGUCGAGCAUCGUUCAGACUGUUUACUCAGUCCUCGGUUAUCAUAAUAAUAAAUAGGAUUCUAUAUAAGCAGAGAUUCACAACUCCAAUCCUCCACACCCUCUCCCUGCAAUAAGAGAUGAGCUAUAGGCACUGAAAAUGCCUAGGCUUACACCCAUUUCUGUUUUCUGGUUUGCUCCAAUAACU